AUGGUGAAGAAGGUCGAUAACGGGGAGGCACCGGCGGCGGAACACGAGGCCGAGAGGAAGAGGCUGAAGAACGCCGCCUUCUCCCGGAAUCUCCUCUCCCGCUCGCCGGCCAAGCCGCUCAGGCCGAUCGAGCCUUCCAAAGUUGUGCUGAAGCACCGUGGGAGGGACAUCGUCAAGAAGGGGCAGAGGAAGAACAAGUUCCUCUUCUCCCUCCCCGGUCUCCUUGCUCCCGUUUCUGGUGGGAAGAUCGGGGAGCUCGCUAACCUCAACACGCGGAAUCCCGUGCUCUAUCUCGAGUUCCCACAGGUACUGGAAGAAGCGACUCUUCUCUUCUUGAAAAUUAGUCGUUGUAGGAGGAUAGGAUUGAGGUCGUGGCUCGUAUGACAUACUCAGUGUGGAUUUUAUAGAUAUUUUACUUAUUUCAGGGACGGAUGAAGCUGUUUGGGACUGUCGUCUAUCCGAAGAACAAGUAUUUGACUCUGCAGUUCUCAAAAUCUUCCAAGGGUGUACUAUGCGAGGAUUCAUUCGAGAAUAUGGUUGAUAUCUUGCCAUCUCGCGUUUUCACUUUUUUAACAUUGUUCUUUAUGUUCUCUUUAGCUAUUAGUACGUGCAUUGGGUAUUUUGUAAAUCUGAAUAUCGUCGGUCUCUGGUUAGAUAUCCGCACGACACAUAGCUGGAAGUCAGAUGGCCCUUACUACCUGCCUAACCCUUUGUUCGCUUUUCACAGCGGGUAACCUCAUGCGUUUACUUGACUGUGAUUAAGGUUCUUCGUUGUCAUUUUAAAAUAUCAAACAGUCCAGAUAUUUUAGGCCCAUCGUUUCCCUGUAUUAUGUAAGAAGAUGGAAGAACAUUUUUUUAGGUAAGUGAAGAAUUUUUUUCCUCUAUCCUAACAAUAAAUGGAGAUGUUUUGAUAGUGUUUAUGAAGGAAAUUACUGGAAAGUUCAUUUGCGAUUGGGAAAUGAAAACGAUAGGAUGAGACAAAGUGAUGCAGAAAUAAAUAUUGACGGAGAAGUUAUGAUAUAACGAAUGACGGCAAUUUGAUCCAAUUUCUUGUUUCUUUAAUUCUCACCAAACAUUCAGCAAGUGCCCUGUAAAAAGAAGUAAAAUGUUACUAAAUAGGAAGGGAUGGUACACAUGUCAUACCCAUUCGAUCUUUAGGCCUUGAAUUAGUUACACUAAUGCAUUCACAACACACGAAAGAAUAGAUGAAGAUGUCAUGUGGUCAUAAAUGUCCACAUGGCAUUUUAUGGAGCCAGAGAUUAGGAACGAAGAGGUCUGAAGUUUUAAUAAUCGGCUUGUAUAACGUAUUCAUUGGAUCUCGGAAAGAGUGAGGGGUACGUGCAAUUUUUUCCCAGGAGUCUUGCCUAGACUUCUCUUGGAUCUCUCAAUCAUACGCAAGAAUAAACUGUUUCUCUGAGAAUGCACCUUUUUUCUUGUUUUCUGUAUGAUUUAUAUAUCUAAUGGGCCUCCUUCUUCCCCGCGAGAUUCUCCGCAGCCAAAUAGAAGAAAAAGAGGCAAUAGCAAUAACUAAGGAAGUAUUGUCUGGUCUCCAAAGAAACCCUACAACGAGUGGGGACAUUUGAGAGGCCCUGCUCUCCCUCAGCUGCAGCUGGCCUAGAAUACUCCUCGAUAUCCCUUCCCCUCUACGACCUAAGCCCUAAUAUAGAUUUUCCUUGUGUAGGGAAAAGAUCUAGCUGUCCUUCACUUGAAGGGAUUGUUUGGUCCCUUCGAGAGGAGGUGCUGGGCCCUUAAGGCCCCUCUCCUUGGCCAAUAGUAGUUAGGCCCACUAGGGCCUAACAGUAUCCUUCUCGAUGUAGUUAUAAACGUCCUCAAGCAUGACCACUAGAUAACUCUCGAGUUGUAUAACCAUGUUCGUUUACUGACUCUCAAAUGGAAAAGCUGCACAGAUAUAAAAGAAAAUGGACAUUUUUGUUUUUGGUCUAAUUGAAAGUGCUCAGUUACAGUUUUCCACUGUGAUACGUUAUAGCUCUGUUGUUCCUUACACUGAGCUUUGAAGGAAUGUCUUCCUUUUUCUUGCUUGUAUAAAUCUUUCAUUUAGUUCACUUCUUGUUAAUCCAAAAAUGUAAAUGGAAGAGCUUACACAUCAGAUAUAGUUGCUUAGCGGAAACCAUGUUAUUGAUCGCCUGUGUACUUACAUGAUCAUUUACUUUUUCACGUUGUAUGCUCUGUGAAUUUUCCGUCAUGUUCUAUUUCAAUCUUUUGUUCCCCGUAAUAUUUUAGUUCAUUGGUAUUUGACCGUUUCCUGUUAUGCUAGGUUGUAUUUUCUGAGGCGUGGUGGAUUGGAUCUCGGGAGGAAAAUCCAGAUGAAAUCCGACUUGAUUUCCCAGAGGAUCUCGAUGCGGUCUGUUUAGUUUUUUUGUUUUUGUUUUUUUUGUAAUCCAAAUGAAGUCGUAUAAGUUUCAUAGAAUAUCAUAGUGGCAGACUAUAACUGUUUACAAUUCUCUUCCAGGAAAAAAACUCAGACUGUGAUUUUAAAGGUGGAGCUGGUGCAGCACGUGAGGACAUGCCGCUUUUAAGCAAACAAGUUAAAGAAAUUUCUGAACAAAGUUCAGCAGAGAUUGAGUUGAGCGAUGGUGCAUCCGAUAGUUAUGGGACAGUUGUCAGGGAUAAGCUAGAAAACACAAAGCAGGAGACACCGGUCAGACAGUCUGCAAGAACAGCUGGAAAAUCAUUUAAGUAUGAGACUUAUUCAAAUAUCAAAAAAUAUAUUCAUCUUUCACGGAGUAAUCAAUUCUGUCUUCUGAUCAUCAGUUACCACUUUGUUCGUCAUGCUAGUCGUUCUAUAGAUGUAAAAUUCCAUUCCUCUAUUUUCAAUGCAAUGAAGCCUCAUCCUUUCCUAAUAUUAAUCAUAUGACCACUUUUUUCAAAUGGGCCUUACUUUACGCAGGACUUUGUUGGUUAGAACCUUUGGCGAGCUAUGGGUUUUGUAUCUCUGAUCUGGCUAGAUUAUCACAUAUCUUGGCGUUAAGAAAAUUUAAAAGCAUCUCAUUGGCAAAAUUAUACAUAUCUGAGAUUUCGUUAGCUGAUUGAGUGAUCAAGAGGGGAAUGGAGGAAUUACUAACCUCCUCUUUCAUUUGGAAACAUACUUUAAUCGAAUGUAUUCAUGUUUUAUUCUACAUCUAUAUCCGAUUAUGCUAGUCUCUUUAGUCUUUGCCUCAUUCAUUUUCGACCAUUUUCAUGUCGAUACUGUCUACUGAAGUCAUCUUACCCGUAAUUAUUUGCUUACCCCUUUUUUUUUUCCUUAGUUUUGCAGAAUCUUCUGGAGAUGAUUCUAGCAGUAGCGUAGCAGAUGAAACCAACGUGUCAGAGGAGAUCCAUGGCAGACGCAGUAGUGCAAUAAAGAGCUCCAAGCUUGCUCAUAUCCAUAUUUUAAUCAUUUAUGCUGGCUUUUUUUGUAGUUUUUAUAGUGUAGCAGGCCCAUCUUAUCUACUUUGAACGUAAAGAGGAGAGAUUGCAGGGUUAAUUGGUCUUCUUUCUCUUCUCACAAUUAUUUAUCCAAUAAGUCGAAUGACCAUUUCUUCCCAUUUCAGCUCGUCAAAUCUUGUACUGCUCUUUUGUGGUUCGUUGUCCUUGACUUCUAGUACUAAACGAGGAUCCCACCCUUGAAACAUCCCUCUCACAUAAGGAGUGCGGAGAAGUAAAGAGUCAAUCGACAAGAAAGAUCAAGGGCGAUCCUUCUGCAGAAAUUCCCCAGGUGAAAUCUGGUAGUAAGCGGGGUGCACUCGUGCAGGCCACGUUAUCCACCUUGUUUGACAAAGUGAAGGUGAGAAUUUACCUUGAUGAAUCAUUUUAGCUUGUUCAUACAUAUGAUACUCAUAUGGCAUAAUGAUUUGUACUUUAGGUAAUUUUUAUCAUCUAUAAGGUAUUUUUACGCUUUAUUAAAGUCACUGUAAGCCAUCACCAAGAUGAGCAAUGCCAACACGAACAGCCACAUUAGUAUCUUAUUUUUGGCGUAAACUAUUUAUGUGCAUAUUUAUUUUUAUGGUUAUCAACCUACUCCAUUCCAUUCUGGAGAAAACAAUAUCUGCAGUUGACUUGAAUUUUUCGUGUUAAGAAUAUUACGAUUUAUUCUCUUAUUUACUAUUUUGAACAUAGAAAAGAUGAUGCCUAUUUGCAUGGCUCGAAAAUGAUUCAGUACUGCCUUGAUCGCCAUGGCCAUUUUGAAGUCCUAAAUUUUUACAGUUAAAAAGCUCCCUCCUGUUCAGUAAAGUCAUUUACACUGAUGGCCUUGUUCCUGAUGCUCUAGGCUGAAUCUGCCUCUGUUUCUGAUACGGAUAAUAUGAUUUUACUAUCAUAUGAUCUUUAUAGAUAACAAUUCUUACAUGGUUUUGUGAUUCUCAGAUAUCGAAAACCGGUGCAGGCUGCAGUUCCCCCAGGACAAGGGGUAUGUAUGACCCUCUAAACAUUUCCUCUCUCCCCCUCCCCCCCCUUUUUCCUCGUCUUUAUGUUGCUGUCUGGACUGCAUUAUUAAACUUCUUCUUAUCCAGGUUCCAGCAGUAGGCUGCGCGGCAGCUCCAAGAAGCCGUUGUCUGAUGUGAAGGUUAGUAGAACUGGUUUUUCUGCCGCUGCAUGUACCUCGAAAAGGCCCAACCAUGUCUGACCCAGGCCCAGGGAAAAGCUCAGAAAAUGGGCAAUGGGCCGGACCCAUGUGACCCAUCUGAUGAGAGAGAGAGAAAGAGAGAGUCAGCCACAUGAGAUGGGAAAUGGGUCUUGAGCUUCAAUAGGCUGGGCCCUGUUGAAGGAUGGGGAUUAGACAGGCUGGUAGGAGGAGGGGCUUUGCUCCCCUGAUUCGUACUAGUUUUUUCUCUAUGGGGAUGGGUUGACCAGGGUUUACGUGAGUCCUGAAAAGACGGCUCACCAAGCGGCAUGGAUGAUGCUUUUUUUUUUUUCAUUUUAAAGGGAUGCAUUAUAAAAAAAAAAUACACGUCUAAAUAGAAAGGAUGAAAUAAUAAUGAUUUUGAAAAUUUGAAAGUGUGGAAGUGACAUGGGUAGAAAUAGAAAUUUGGACCCUUAUCUAGUCAAACCCAAUGUAUGGGCUUUGGCCCCUAAGUCAACUUGGGUAGAGGCUGUUGACUUCUUGUAGGUUGAGCUUACAGGAGAUGUCGUGGUAAUGACGGCGGACGUUAACUGAAUUAAUCACGCAUAAUGAGUAAUGACUUACAGUUAAUGAUUGCUCGUUUUCAGGAACCAGAUGACAGCGAUGAGGAUUGGAUGAUUUGA